AUGACUCAGAACUACCAGCAUAUCCUGGCCUUGGUCUUUGCGAUAAAGGAAAUCAAUGAAGAUCCCCAGAUCUUACCCAACAUCACUCUUGGAUUCCAUAUCUAUGAUAGCCAUAUGAAUACCAGGUGGGCCUUUCGUUCUGCAAUGCAACUUAUUUCUCCAAAGAAGCAAUUUCUCCCCAAUUACCAUUCUGAUACUAAGGACAAUCUCCUUGUAGUCAUUGAAGGACUGAAUAUUGAAUCCUCUCUUCAGAUACCAAACUUUUUCAGCAUCUACAAGAUUCCUCUGGUCUCCUAUGGCUCUGCUCCAGUGACGAUGGAUCACACCCAAGCCCCUUACUUGUACCAAAUGGUCCCAAAUGAGGCCCAUCAGUACAAGGAGAUUCUGGAAUUACUUCUAUAUUUCAGGUGGACGUGGGUUGGAUUAUUCACUUCCAUUGGAAUGAAUUCAGAAUGGAUAUUUCAAGUGAUGAUUCCAGAAUUUGCCCCGUAUGGCAUUUGUUUUGCUUUCAUUGAUACAGUCUACAAUGUAGGCAUGGAAAAUGAAUAUGGGGGUUUAAGGAAAUGGAGAUUUAAGCUAUGGAAUAGAAUUAUGACCAGCACAGCCAAUAUAUAUCUCCUGUUUGGUGAUCUCCGCACUGUAGUGAUUUUGAAGUUGUUGCUUCAUAUGAACCAAGAAUAUGAGACAGCAAAUAAGAGAUAUGGUAAAGUAUGGAUUCUGACCACUGAGCUUGAGUUUAAGAACUAUGGAAGUAAUCACGGGUGGAAAGCUGCUGAAGUAAUCUACCACGGUGCUUUAUCCUUGGCUGUCCAUUCCAAUGAGCUGCCAGGAUUUCAGCAAUUUAUUGAGGACAGAAAGCCUUCCAAUGCAAAAGAAGAUUUUUUAAUAAGGGACUUUUGGUCUUACGCUUUUGGCUGCACCUUCCCCAACUCAGUUCUGAAGCAUAGAAAUCGUGACCUCUGCACUGGGCUGGAGAGCCUGGAGAACGUUCCUGAAAACCGUAUAGAAAAAAGCACUACUGGGCACAGCUACAGCAUCUAUAAUGCUGUCUUUGCUGUGGCUCAUGCUUUGCAUGCCAUGUUGUCAUCCAGACUCAAGCACAGAAGAGGGGUGGAGAGGGAGAGGCAGACAUUUCUGACUCAGCAGGCAUGGGAGCUCUUCUAUUUCCUGAAGCAAGUGUCUUUUAACAAUACCAUAGGGGACAAGGUUUCCUUUGACCAGAAUGGUGUGUUUCUAACAAAAUUUGAUGUCAUCAACUGGGUGUUGUUUUCAAACCUGUCUUUUACUAAACUACAAGUUGGAAUGGUCAGUUCUCAAGCUCCAGGAGACCAAAAAGUUAUUCUGAAUGAAAAUCCCAUCAUAUGGCAAAAUUGGUUUAAUCAGGUGCAACCUCUUUCAGUUUGUAACGACAAUUGCCAACCGGGUUACAGGAAACAAAGGAAAGAAGGGGAGCCUUUCUGCUGCUAUGAUUGCAUUCCCUGUCCAGAAGGAAAGAUUUCUGAGUGGGAAGAUAUGCCUGAAUGUGUUGAGUGCAUAGAAGAUCAUUACCCAAACAAGCAUCAGAAUACCUGCAUCCCCAAAACUGUAACCUUUUUAUCCUAUAAUGAACCUAUGGGGAUAGGUUUAGCCACCAGUGCUCAUUUCUUUUCCUUGAUCACAGUUGUCUUGUUAAGAACAUUUAUAGUGCACCACAAUACUCCCAUUGUCAAAGCCAAUAACCGGGACCUCACCUACACUCUUCUCAUCUCCCUCCUGCUCUGUUUCCUUUCUACCCUGCUUUUUAUUGGGCAGCCUCAGAAGGUGAAAUGUGUCCUGCAGCAAUCAGUGUUUGGCAUUGUCUUCUCAGUAGCUGUGUCUUCUGUGUUGGCCAAAACCAUCACUGUGGUUCUGGCAUUCCUGGCCACCCAACCAGGAACAAAGAGGACCAGAUGGAUGGGGAAAGGCCUGGCCAGCUCCAUUGUUAUCUUUUGUUCUCUUAUUCAAGUAGGCAUUUGUACCGUGUGGCUGGCAACCAGUCCCCCAUUCCCAGAUACUGAUAUGCACUCAGGAACAGGUGAAAUUACUCUGGAAUGCAAUGAGGCAUCCCCCAUCAUGUUUUACAGUGUGCUUGGGUACAUGGGCUUUUUAGCCAUUGCCAGCUUCAUUGUAGCUUUCUUUGCCCGGAAUUUACCUGACAGUUUCAAUGAAGCCAAAUUCAUUACUUUCAGCAUGUUAGUGUUUGUCAGUGUGUGGCUGUCAUUUGUCCCAACACACCUGAGUACCAAAGGAAAAUACAUGGUUGCUGUGGAGAUUUUCUCUAUUUUAGCUUCCAGUGCUGGAUUGCUGACUUUCAUAUUUUUCCCCAAAUGGUACAUUAUAGUUGUGCGGCCUGAACUGAACAACCGGGAGCAUCUUAAGUGGAGAAGCCACUGAAGAAGUAGGAAAGCUGUCUUGGCACGUCACAGUUGUUACAUCUCUUCCUUGUAA